AUGCUGAUCCCGAUCGCACCAACUGCGGGACUCAGUCCUGUUAGUCCUAUUACUCCCAUCUCCGAAGAAGAUUCGACGGACUUUACGUUGGAAGAUGAAUAUUCGGGACCGUGUCCGGUACAUCCAAUUCCUCAACUUCAAGGCCCCUUCGAAGAGUCAAUUCUUGAAACAAAAAAGGGAUCGGCAAAUCAGUUGGUGGUCAAUAUAGAUGCGCAGUCGCGUCGCCGUGAUCUUUUGGAAAACGAUGAAUACGAGCGAUUAUGUGGUCGCAAAUGGCGUCAAAGGUCAUCGGAACGGUACCAUCCAUUUUGGAAACUGGUCUCUCAGCUGGCAUUUGGCGUUCACCUUCUGGCUAAUCAGCUUGCGAUAUCAGACCCGCAAGUGAUGAGAAUACUUCAAACCCAUGUUGAUGAGAUGGAUGGGUUUCUGCAAAGAACGACUGAGGACUUCAUGAUUAUUCACCUAGAUAUUCGCACAAGGACCGAUUAUCUGAAUCUGCCUUUGGGCAACUUAGAUGUGUUUGACCAGAUGCUGGAGGACAGGAAUUUUCGUUUAUCUUUAGUGGCGUACAACGAUCAAAUCGAACAUGCCGUUGAUCGGUUCACACUCGCCAUUACUGAUUCCUUAAGGGAUCUUCGAAAGGGCAAAGACGCGGUUAGUGCCCUCUGGCACUAUAUGAUUGAACUCUCGGAAAAAGGCUGUUUUGACUCUCAUAGUCUCAAGGCGUUGUACCAGGCCAUGAUGGACAAUUUAGAGGGUUGGCUUGAGACUCUAUCCAAACUCCGUCGGCGUGGUGCUGCUCUUCAGAAGGCUCUUGGAAAACUUGCUACUAGAGACACAGAGAUGCAAAGACGAGUCGGGAUAGCGAGCAGGAAGGGCGUGCGAUUGUUAACAAACUCUAACAAAACCCCAGCUCACACAAGAUCUCUCAAGCAGAAAAUCUUCGCUAGGGGCCUGCCCGCCUCAUCGUCAAAUGCAUUGCCGUCUAAUAAGCCUCUCCCUCGAGAUCCCUCUUUGAAACGAACGAAUCCAAGUUCAACGCAGCCGGGUGACGCGGAAGCUAAAGACAGAGGCAAUGUGGGUCAUAGUAAUACCAAUGCUACUGCUACAAAACGGGAAAGUAACAUGCCCAGGGUGCUGAAUCGAGCGAAAUCAUGUAGUGCGUUGGCGAUGGAAUCUAGUUCUGGCGCUACUACCCCUCCUCCUCGAGUGUCUAGGCGAUUGAGCAGAAGAAUUUCAAAGCCCUUCCUUCCUCGACGAUCUGCCAGUGAUGGUGAAAAUGCCACUGGUUCACAAAAUCGUCCAUCGACGGCCCCAGCUCGUACCCUUAAGUCUCGAAGUGUCUCCAUGGAGCAACUAAAGGGCUUUUGGAACAAUAACCGUCCUCGAACCCAGCAGUCAAUGGCAAAGUCACCUACUCAUCAUCGAUGCACGUCUGAACAUCGGAUCCCCGAAAAUGACAACUUUGAGUCUGUGAAAGCGCAAAUCUCCCAGUUCUUGAAAACAGAUCGUGUCGUUGAAGCGUGGGAUACCAUGGCCACGAAAACGGGGAGCUGUGGACGCACGCUUUCGAAAACUGCGAAAGAAUGGCCCUGCAGCAUUUUCCGAGCUAAUUCGCCGAAUGCAUGGCGAGCUCGCGCAAGAAAUGGGAAGGAAUUGUCUGGCGCAAAUGCGGAAAGACAGAUGUCAUGGGUACAAGGUGCACCGGAGGUAUUGAAUGUCUACUCAUUCAAACAAAGACCUGGGUCAUCCCCACGCAUUCAUGUUCUUUCCGUUCAAAUGACCCUGGAUGAAGAUGGGAAUGCGGAAGAUGAUAUUGUGGAAGAAAUUCCUGACGCUGUUGGUGACACCGGCUCAAUUAUCACUGCACUGCCAGACGUCUCUGCUCCUGCACUCCCGAAGAUUCCAUCCGUCUCCUCUGAAUAUAGGCCCCGGACUGUUGAAUGUGCCCGGGGCUGA